UUUGUUGUUUUUUCAUUUUUUUUGGCCCUGGAAAUUUAAGAGAAAAAAAAUUCAAAAAAUGAGCAGUGAAGAAGCAAAGAGAAGCAUCACCGGAGCUCUGACGGUGAAACCGUCAACCAACGAACGGAAGCCUUCUCCGGCUCUUGCAGCGGAGUCGGCUACUUCGCCAGCCAAGAAAGUCAUCAUCAAAAGCGCCGACAUGAAAGACGACAUGCAAAAAGAAGCUGUCAAUAUAGCCAUCUCUGCAUUUGAGAAGAACAAUGUAGAGAAAGAUGUAGCAGAGCACAUAAAGAAGGAAUUCGAUAAGAGACAUGGACCCACUUGGCAUUGCAUCGUUGGUCGCAAUUUCGGUUCAUAUGUUACCCACGAGACAAACCACUUUGUUUAUUUCUAUUUAGAUCAGAAAGCAGUUUUGCUCUUCAAGUCUGGUUAAUCUUGUUGUUAUAUUGAUGAAGAAUGGUGAUCAUGAUGAACGUGAGUUGAGAGGCUUUCACUUGUGCUGCUAUGGUUAGCAAACUGUAUGUAUUAAUCGAAACACGCUUGUAUGUGAAUCCUCCGUCCUAAAAUUCUUGUAUAUCUUGUUACAUCUGAACUGGGUUUGGAGCCAUGGAAUUUCAAUUCCAGUCUUUUGCUUUUCUUCA